AAAUUUUGUAAUGGUUUGUUAACAACAAAUAUUCAAAAUCAAUAUUCAUCAUCAGACAAAAUAUUUUUAUUAUUUGAUUCAGUAUAUUUAUUAAAAUGUAUCAGAAACAACUGGUUAAACCAGCAUGACAAUAGGCAAACAUUUGUUUUCUCUACAUUACAAAAUUCUGUUUUAUUUGAUUAUAAUAAUUUACUUCCUGGCACAUGUUUUGCUAAUUUGCAGUGCCUAAAAACAAUAAAUUUUCAAGAAGAAAGUAGUACUAUUAAAUUAGCUCCAAAAUUAUUCAAGAGGGUGCUUUAUCCAUCAAAGUUAGAGAGACAGAAUGUAGCACUAGCUUGCAGUAUAUUUAAUUAAAAAAAAUGCUGCUUUGACAAUCAAACAGCAAAUGCAAAACAGUAUGGAAACUUCUUACUUUCUAGAUAUAAUCGCCAAAUGGUGGAAAAUACUAAAUGUAAACAUCCACAUAAAAGAAAAAUUCUAAAAGACAAAUUUUCUGAACCAAUAACAGAUAUUUUGGAUUUUAAAGUUAUAUUUUUAAAAGACAUGUUUAAAUGGUUCCAAGUAUGAAAUAAUUAUCAUUAAUUAUUAUAAUCAUCAGGUUGCUCAAAUGUCCAGUAAUCAACAUGGGAAAUUAACAGUAAAAACUCAAAAAGAAUUAGAGCAUACAAUUAAAGCAAUGUAUGAACUUACAGAAUUUAUAUUAAAUGAACUUGGAGCACAUUAUGUGUUAUUGGGUAAAUUUCAAACAGAUAUGCUGGAAGCUCGCUUUGGACAGUAUAGACAGAUGUCAGGAAGUAGCUAUCAUAUUUCUGUUUCUGAAAUUAUUGAAUCAGAAAGAAAACUGAAAUUAAUAAGCCUGCUAAAUAUGAAAUCAUCCAAAAUUGGGAAUUUUCAAAUUAGAGCAUUUCUUGAAUCUUUUGCUAAUAAUGCAGAGUUGGAUAGAUUUGAUUUUGAUGUUGAAGAAGCAUUUGAAGGCAUAAUAGAAAAAUCUGAUAUUAUUAUUAUUGCAGAACAGAACAUGUCAGUUCUGAUUUACACUGCAAGUUAUGUUGCAUAUUCAGUAAUUAAGAAAACUUCUUGUGAACAAUGUAAAUCAUUACUAGCAUGUGAUUCUCCACUAGAGUAUAAAUGUACAGAUAAUGAUUUGGCAAAAUAUCUGAAGAUAAUUGAUAGAGGUGGUCUUAAAUAGCCACAAGAAUUUGUUGUAAUAUGUAUAAAUACCUUUCAGAUAUUGCAGACCAUUCUGAAUGAUUAUGAAUGUGAAUUUUUGGCACUAAAAAUUGGAAAAAAAGCUUUAGUAAGUUUAGUAAUGAAUAAAUUAGUUGAAAAUAAUGUAUUUUGUUUUCAAAAUAAUAUUUGCAGUUAUAAGAAAGAUAGAAUUCAAUAA